AUGAAAGAAGGUUGUCCACAGAUCAGGUGUAUUAACAAGGUGGAACACGGUGUCCCCAUGAAAGAUGGUUGUCCACAGAUCAGGUGUAUUAACAAGGUGGAACACGGUGUCCCCAUGAAAGAAGGUUGUCCACAGAUCAGGUGUAUUAACAAGGUGGAACUUGGUGUCCCCAAGAAAGAUGGUUGUCCACAGAUCAGGUGUAUUAACAAGGUGGAACACGGUGUCCCCAUGAAAGAAGGUUGUCAACAGAUCAGUUGUAUUAACAAGGUGGAACACGGUGUCCCCAUGAAAGAAGGUUGUCAACAGAUCAGGUGUAUUAACAAGGUGGAACACGGUGUCCCCAUGAAAGAUGGUUGUCCACAGAUCAGGUGUAUUAACAAGGUGGAACACGGUGUCCCCAUGAAAGAUGGUUGUUCACAGAUCAGGUGUAUUAACAAGGUGGAACACGGUGUCCCCAUGAAAGAAGGUUGUCCACAGAUCAGGUGUAUUAACAAGGUGGAACUUGGUGUCCCCAAGAAAGAUGGUUGUCCACAGAUCAGGUGUAUUAACAAGGUGGAACUUGGUGUCCCCAAGAAAGAAGGUUGUCAACAGAUCAGGUGUAUUAACAAGGUGGAACACGGUGUCCCCAUGAAAGAAGGUUGUCCACAGAUCAUGUGUAUUAACAAGGUGGAACACGGUGUCCCCAUGAAAGAAGGUUGUCAACAGAUCAGGUGUAUUAACAAGGUGGAACUUGGUGUCCCCAAGAAAGAUGGUUGUUCACAGAUCAGGUGUAUUAACAAGGUGGAACACGGUGUCCCCAUGAAAGAAGGUUGUCCACAGAUCAGGUGUAUUAACAAGGUGGAACUUGGUGUCCCCAAGAAAGAUGGUUGUCCACAGAUCAGGUGUAUUAACAAGGUGGAACUUGGUGUCCCCAAGAAAGAAGGUUGUCAACAGAUCAGGUGUAUUAACAAGGUGGAACACGGUGUCCCCAUGAAAGAAGGUUGUCCACAGAUCAGGUGUAUUAACAAGGUGGAACACGGUGUCCCCAUGAAAGAAGGUUGCCCACAGGUCAGGUGUAUUAACAAGGUGGAACUUGGUGUCCCCAAGAAAGAUGGUUGUCCACAGAUCAGGUGUAUUAACAACGAAGUGGAACACGGUGUCCCCAUGAAAGAAGGCUGUCCACAGAUCAGGUGUAUUAACAAGGUGGAACUUGGUGUCCCCAUGAAAGAAGCUUGUCCCCAGAUUUUGUGUAUGAACAACAAGGAGGACCUUGGCGUCCCCAACAAGGAAGGUCGUCCAGAUGUAUUAUAA